CCAACUAUUAACAAAAAAAUGGAGAAUUUUAAAGUAGAGCACAUCGAUUUUUACGAUAUGCCAUUUGUAAAAAAAGUUUGGGUUUUAGCAAACACACGCCAAUUUGAUUUCAUUAGGUGGACCCAUGAUGAAACUGGCAUCACAAUAAAUAUAUAUGAGCUAGCGGAUUUUUUAAAUUCCCCGCAUUCAUUAUUGGAUACUCGAACCCCGGUCGUAUUUAUAAAACAGUUGCUCUUACACAAUUUUAUGAUAAUACCAGACACCACACUAAACAGUAACUAUGCAACUUUCAAGAAUGACAAUUUCACUAAGGAUGGAUUUUAUCUUCAUUUAAUUAAACCUUCAAAAAUUAAUGUAAAUCAGAAUGAGAUUCUAAAGUACCAGAUAUAUUGCGAACAAACUUUUGGUAUGUGUCCAAUAUGUAUUACCGUCGGAAUAGUUAAAAGUGGUGUUAUUUCGAAAGACGGAGCAUUUGGUGCUUCAAAAGCGCAAUUUAAAUAUUUCAUUGGAGAGUUUUUUACACCCAAUGAUUCAGAAAUACAAAUGACCGUUUUGAGAAGUGAAGGGAAUUAUCAGGAGCAGAGCAGUAAUGCAGAAGCAAUGUUUGAGAAGGCUGUAAAAUUUAUUUUAAAUAUUGCUAUACCCAUUACAGAUGAUCUCAAGUAUUGUAUUUGGUCUAAAAUACCUGAAGUGACUUCAACUUCUUCCAAUGCAUUUGAACCCAUUCAUUACCUAGAUGAAGACGAAGAUUCUAAUAUGAACGCGUAUUUUAAUAAUGAAAUGAAGGUUCCUACAAUUAAAGAUGUUCUUCCAAUUUCUAUAAUAAAUUAUAUGAAGGACCUGGACGCAACAGAUUAA